GCCACCGGCGCAGCCCGCCCGGGCCGCCGCCAGCCAGCAGUCCCUCCCCGGGUGGGGUUCCCCUCCCCCCCUCCCCCCCUCCGCCUUUGUGGCAGGGACCCCUGGGACGCUCCCCCUGCCUCCGCUCCACUUUCAGGGGGCCGAAGGGGCGCCGGGCGGUGCGGAGAGAGGGGUUCGGCGGCGCCAGGACUCCCGCGGGCUCCCCGGAGCAGGGGGCGGGAGUAGGGGGAGCGGGAGCCGCUGGGGCCGCCGCAGCAGAAGGGGGAGGAGAAUGGGGAGGAGCUGGGGGGCAGGCAGGCGGGGAAGCAGAGGUCUUAAUGGGCGGCCAGCCCAGGUCGGACAUCCUCUGAGGCUGGCGUUCGGCGGCGCUCCCACCUCCGCUUAGAGCUCGCCGUCGUCCUGCUUCGCACCCUCCGGAGACCGGGACCGGACCAAGAUGUGGAAACGCUGGCUCGCGCUCGCGCUGGUGGCGGUAGCCUGGGUCCGCGCCGAGGAAGAGCUGAGGAGCAAAUCCAAGAUCUGUGCCAAUGUGUUUUGUGGAGCUGGCCGGGAAUGCGCAGUCACAGAGAAAGGAGAGCCCACCUGUCUCUGCAUCGAGCAAUGCAAACCUCACAAGAGGCCUGUGUGUGGCAGUAACGGCAAGACCUACCUCAACCACUGUGAACUUCAUCGAGACGCCUGCCUUACUGGAUCCAAAAUCCAGGUUGAUUACGAUGGACACUGCAAAGAAAAGAAAUCCGUAAGUCCAUCUGCUAGCCCAGUUGUUUGCUAUCAGUCCAACCGUGAUGAGCUCCGACGUCGCAUCAUCCAGUGGCUGGAAGCUGAGAUCAUUCCUGAUGGCUGGUUCUCUAAAGGCAGCAACUACAGUGAAAUCCUAGACAAGUAUUUUAAGAACUUUGAUAAUGGUGACUCUCGCCUGGACUCUAGCGAAUUCCUGAAGUUUGUGGAACAGAAUGAAACUGCCAUCAAUAUCACCACGUAUCCAGACCAGGAGAACAACAAACUGCUUAGAGGACUCUGUGUCGAUGCUCUCAUUGAACUGUCUGAUGAAAAUGCUGAUUGGAAACUCAGCUUCCAAGAAUUUCUCAAGUGUCUCAACCCAUCUUUCAACCCUCCUGAGAAGAAGUGUGCCCUGGAGGAUGAAAUGUAUGCAGAUGGAGCUGAAACCGAGGUGGACUGUAACCGCUGUGUCUGUGCCUGUGGAAACUGGGUCUGUACAGCCAUGACCUGUGAUGGAAAGAAUCAGAAGGGGGCACAGACCCAGACAGAGGAGGAGAUGGCCAGAUACAUCCAGGAGCUCCAAAAGCAUCAGGAAACGGCUGAAAAGACCAAGAGAGUGAGCACCAAAGAAAUCUAAUGAGGAGGCACAGGACAGUGUCUGGAGCCCAGCACUUUCUCUUCCACUUCAGCGCUGAGUCCAGUAUACACAAGUGUCUGCUACAGUCGCCAAAUCACCAGUAUUUGCUUAUAUAGCAAUGAGUUUCAUUUUGUUUAUUUGUUUUGCAAUAAUGGAUAUGAAGGUGGCUGGCUAGGAGGGGAAGGGCCAUAGCCUUCAUUUCUAGGAGUGCUUUAAGAGAAACUGUAAACGGUGCUCUGGGGCUGGAGGCUAGGAAGGAAACUGCAUCACAAUUGAGAGAGGAGCAGACCCAGAUCUGAACCCCUUUUGAGUUUAUGGCAGCUGUCAGCAGGCCGCAGGGAGUGCACGCAGUGCCAGAGAGAACUUAGCAAGGUGUCCCUGGAGGAGAGGUUUGGGAAGCUCCACGGUGAGGAACGCUGUCUGCUUGCAGCCUCUUUCCAUUGCCAUCAGCAUGACAGACUUCCAACAUCCAUGCAUCUCUUGGUCCCAAUAAUUGCCUCUAGAUACAUAGCCAUCCUGCUGGUUACCCAGUGUCCCUCAGACUUGGAUGUAAUGUCUGGGAGGGUAUGCCAAAAUGAUGCAGAUACUUGUAUACUUCAAGCCCCUUAGUGACCUAACCAAAUUUUUAAAAUACUUUUUACCAAAGGUGCUAUUUCUCUGUAACACUUUUUUUUCCACAAGUUGACUUUAUUCUUCAAUUAUUAUCAUUAUAUUAUUGUUUUUUAAUAUUUUAUUUUCUUGACUAGGUAUUAAGCUUUUACAAUUUUUCAGUAGUCCAACCACUUCAUAGGUGGAAGGAGUUUGGGGUUCUUCCUGAUGCAGGGGCUCAAAUAACCCAGAGGCCCACAGCCUGCCACAUCCUAGAUGCAGCCCGUAGUUGGCCCCCCCCUAGCUUCCAACAGUCCAUUAUCUGCCAGCGGUAUAGGGGGUGCCUCAGACCAAAGCCAUGGGAAGAAGCAUCUUCGUAAAAGACUUCAAAAUCCAAAGAUUAAUUUGUUUUUAUUUAUUCUGAGAAGUUCAGGCAAAUCCAUAUUCCAAAGGAUAGAGACAAGUGCAGCCAAGCAGAGCUUAGGAUAUCCCAGCCCACCAAUGUGCUCAUUGGCCUACUACUAACUAGGAGAGUGAGUUGGCCCUGUCUCCUCCCUUUUCUGGACCUCAGUUUCCUCAGUGAGCUGGUAAGAAUGCACUAGCCUUUUGAUUUGAUAAAUUAUAAAUUCUGUGGUUCUGAUCAUGGGUCCAGAGGGGAGCUAGGUACCUGUGAUUUUUCCUUCUUUCCUGUAGAAUAAAUGAAACCUUGUUGUUAGAACAAGAAAUGUCAGAUGGCCAAAAACAAGAUGACCAAAUUUGAUCUCAGCCUGAUGACCCUACAGGUUGUGCUGUGAUAGAGUCCUCAUGGGUAAAGCAGGAAGAGAGCGGGAAAGAGAACCACCUCACUCUGUCUUCAUAAUUGCAUUUCCUGUUUAACCUCUGGCUGGAAAUAGAAAGCAUUCCCUUUAGAGAUGAGGAUAAAGAAAGUUUGUAAUUCAACAGGGGAAAAAAAAUGGAGAUUUAAUUUUAAAACUGUGACUUGGGGAGGUCAGUUGUUUACACUUAUUCCUGUGUCUUUCGACUUCUGUGAUUAUUAACCCCACUCACUACCCUGUUUAAGAUGCAUUUGGAAUACCAAAGAUUAAAGCCUUGACAUAAGAUCUCAUUUGCAGAAAGCAGAUUAAAGACCAUCAGAAGGAAAUUAUUUAGGUUGUAAUGCACAGUCAACGCUGUGCCAAAAAUAGAAUUCCUUCUAAAUUGUUUUCCUUGUUCUCAUUUGAAAGGAGAAAAUUCCACUUUGUUUAGCAUUUCAAGCUUUUAUGUAUCAUCCUAUUUAAAAACUCUCUUCAAACCCCACUUGUGCAGUCUGAAUUACAGCUCCCUGUCCAAGUGCCUUGGAGAACUCACAGCAACAUGCCUUAAUCAAAAGUUUUGCCAGUCCUUGGACACUAUGGGAGAGGGCAAGAGUACCAGUUUGUUAAAAGCGAGAAACCAGUGUCUCUUCACUAGUCACAGAUAGAACAGUGGUUACCAUCCAAGACUACUCUACCCUGCAACCAACAUUGUACUCCCAAGAGCAAAUCCACAUUUUUCUUGAGUUCUGCUGCUUCUGUGUAGAUAGGGCAGCUGUUGUCUUUGCCAUAGAAACACAUGAUCUGAGGACCAUUCAUGGAAAGCUGCUAAAUAGCCUAGUUUGGGGAGUCUUGCAUAAAGCUUUGCAUGGAGCAAACAGGAUUAAAUCAGGUUCAGUUCCUUUAGCCCUCUAAAAGCAUAGGGCUUAUCCUGCAGGCUUCCUUGGGCUUUCUCUGUGUGUGUAGUUUUGUAAAUACUAUAGCAUCUGUUAAGAUCCAGUGUCCAUGGAAACCUUCCCACAUGCUGUGACUCUGGACUCUCACUGUUUUUGGAAACCAGUGCUUCUCUGCCUGCUAACAAGCCUAUGUGGACCAGCCUGAAUGUCUUUCCUUUACACCUAUGUUUUUAAAUAGUCAAACUUCAAGAAACAAUCUAAACAAGUUUCUGUUGCAUAUGUGUUUGUGAACUUGUAUUUGUAUUUAGUAGGCUUCCAUAUUGCAUUUAACUUGUUUUUGUAACUCCUGAUUCUUUCUUUUCAGAUACUAUUGAUGAAUAAAGAAAUUAAAGUGGUA